UCCAGGCCCGCCCUGCGCCCGAUCGCCAGGAUUGCAUUUCCGCGCCGCCGGGACCCCGCCUGAUCCGCGGCCCGCGCGGAAGGCGCCACUGAGUCCCGGCCGCGGGAGCGCCAGACUCAGCACCCAGCACCCGCCGGCGACGAGAGGAGAGAAAGGCAGCCGCCUCCCGGCCCCAGCGCCCUGGCUGCGGCCCGCCCCAUCUCGGCGCCCUCCUCCGCCCCCUUCUCCCCUUCUCGGGUACCCCCCGCCUCUGCCCCGGCUCCCGGCCCCUCCUCUACCCACCCCUCCUCCUCGCCCCCGCCCCGCCUCGCCCGGCCCCUCCGCGGUCCCCGCCGCCCGCGUACGGGGUGACGCAGCGCCGCCUCCCGCCGCCUGCCGCCGGGGCCACUGCAGGGGCCGCUAAACGGUCCGGCGCCCCUCGGCGUCCGCGCGCCCCCCGCCUGGCGGACAAGCCCGCCGGCGGCGAUGGGGGCGACGGGGACGGCGGAGCCGCUGCACUCAGUGCUGUGGGUGAAGCAGCAGCGCUGCGCGGUGAGCCUGGAGCCCGCGCGGGCGGUACUGCGCUGGUGGCGGAGCCCGGGGCCCGGAGCCGGCGCCCCCGGCGCGGAUGCCUGCUCUGUGCCUGUAUCUGAGAUCAUCGCUGUUGAGGAAACAGACGUUCACGGGAAACAUCACAGCAGUGGAAAAUGGCAGAAAAUGGAAAAGCCUUAUGCUUUUACAGUUCACUGUGUAAAGAGAGCACGACGGCACCGCUGGAAGUGGGCGCAGGUGACUUUCUGGUGCCCAGAGGAGCAGCUGUGUCACUUGUGGCUGCAGACCCUGCGGGAGAUGCUGGAGAAGCUGACAUCCAGACCAAAGCAUUUACUGGUAUUUAUCAACCCGUUUGGAGGAAAAGGUCAAGGCAAGCGGAUAUAUGAAAGAAAAGUGGCACCACUGUUCACCUUAGCCUCCAUCACAACUGACAUCAUCGUUACUGAACAUGCUAAUCAAGCCAAGGAGACACUGUAUGAGAUUAACAUAGAUAAAUACGAUGGCAUCGUCUGUGUCGGCGGAGACGGCAUGUUCAGCGAGGUGCUGCACGGUCUGAUUGGGAGGACACAGAGGAGCGCCGGGGUCGACCAGAACCACCCCCGGGCCGUGCUGGUCCCCAGCAGCCUCCGGAUUGGAAUCAUCCCUGCGGGGUCAACAGACUGCGUGUGUUACUCCACGGUGGGCACCAGCGAUGCAGAAACCUCAGCAUUGCACAUUGUUGUUGGGGACUCGCUGGCCAUGGAUGUGUCCUCCGUCCACCACAACAGCACACUCCUCCGCUACUCCGUGUCCCUGCUGGGCUACGGCUUCUACGGGGACAUCAUCAAGGACAGUGAGAAGAAACGAUGGUUGGGUCUUGCCAGAUACGACUUUUCAGGUUUGAAGACCUUUCUCUCCCACCACUGCUAUGAAGGGACCGUGUCCUUCCUCCCUGCACAACACACGGUGGGAUCUCCCAGGGAUGGGAAACCCUGCCGGGCAGGAUGCUUUGUUUGCAGGCAAAGCAGGCAGCAGCUGGAGGAGGAGCAGAAGAAAGCGCUGUACGGUUUGGAAGCUGCGGGUGAUCCACCCACCUCAGCCUCCCGAAGUGCUGGGAUGACAGGCGUGGCCACCGCGCCAGACCUUUUUCAACUAUUUAGAAACGUGAAGAGCAUUCUUAGCGCUCAGGCCACACACAGACGGGCGGCGGCCGAAUGUGACGCACAGCCGUGGUUUGCUGACCCUUGUUCUAAAUUGUCCAAGUCACCAAAGGACGUGGAGGAGUGGCAGGUCGUCUGUGGGAAGUUUCUGGCCAUCAACGCCACAAACAUGUCCUGUGCUUGUCGCCGGAGCCCUGGGGGCCUCUCCCCAGCUGCCCACUUGGGAGACGGGUCUUCUGACCUGAUCCUCAUCCGGAAAUGCUCCAGGUUCAAUUUUCUGAGAUUUCUCAUCAGGCACACCAACCAGCAGGACCAGUUUGACUUCACUUUUGUUGAAGUUUAUCGUGUCAAGAAAUUCCAGUUUACAUCGAAGCACGUGGAGGACGAGGACAGUGACCUCAAGGAGGGGGGGAAGAAGCGCUUUGGGCACAUCUGCAGCAGCCACCCCUCCUGCUGCUGUGCCGUCUCCAACAGCUCCUGGAACUGCGACGGGGAGGUGCUGCACAGCCCCGCCAUUGAGGUCAGAGUCCACUGCCAGCUGGUUCGACUCUUUGCACGAGGAAUUGAAGAGAAUCUGAAGCCCGACUUGCAUAGCUGAGAAGCUGGCGUUCUGCUCUCGAACUGGGAAAGUGUGGAAACUAUUUAAGAGAAUUAUUACAGACCAAUUAUGUUGAUAUAUACAUUUAAAUGUAGAAAUUUAUUUUUGAUAGUUAAAUCUUGAUUUUAGAAAAAAACCCUUUUGUCAACAAUUUUGUGUACAUAUUUGGCAUUUUCAGUUCUGCACGCAUCUGCGGGUUGCAGCCCGUGCCAGUUACUCUCAGCGGAUGCAGCUGCUGACUUGGGGGCACUGGCCUCUUAGGUUUUAACAAUGUCAACAGUGUAGUUUAGAAAAUGGCCCGUGAGUGGCUCUGUUGCAAUAAUUUUAGGGACAUUAUAUGAUUUCCACGCAGGUCACACCAUCUGGGCCUGAGGUAGCAGUGGGUCACUUUGAUCCACUUUGCGGGACUUAUUCUGUAAUGGUUUGUGGCCAAGUUUUGGGAAGUGGUUGAUUCUCUUUGCCUUCAUUUCACCUUCCUCUUAGUUUACGGUUAGGACAUCGCUGCUUGAUCCUUACAAUACUGUGCAACUGCAAUGCAAAGUGGCCCUGCUUCAGGUGAUCCGCGGGAGGGGCCUCCACACCAGCGCCGGGAAGGCUGCUGGGGCCUCCACACCUGCCUCAUCACGGCGGCAUGGCUAAGACAAUCCAGCUGGGAGCACAACCUUGGCGUCUGUUCUGGGAGCACAGAUGAUACGCUCUGGAAGCUGGCAGUGUGUAAAGUACUGGCAAGAUUGUUACUGUUAAAAUGUCAAAUACCCAUGCUUCAUAUCAUCGCGAAGCGCUUAACACAGCCGGCCUUGGGGGGCAGUCAGGACGAAGCUGGCCGUCCGUGGAGGAGGGGCCGUUCCUGGACUCCGGCGGGAUUCCUCUGAUGCAGGCCCUGAAGUCUGUACACGUGGUCCAGAUUUGUUCUUGUCUUUCCUUCACGCUGAGUUCUCUAUAUUUAUUGAACAUCUUGUCUUUUUAAGCCGGAAUAGUGUAAACUGCCUCGGAUGUCUGUCUUUUGUCUCAAAGCCUUGAUAGGUUGCGGGUUUCCUCUGAAGCGUGAGGGCUCCGGCGACCAGAGGAUUCUUCCUGGAAGGCAUUCCCGCCCCACUCCCCGGGGCACCCCUCGAUUGUGUGCUACGUCCUUGUUUAGUGUGUAUCCAUGCCUGUGUAGAUGAUGUCUGUAACUUAGUUUUGUUUGAAAUGUGAGAAUAUGCGGCUUAAACUUUGAUCUGUAAGGAGCGGGGCCGUGGCCGUUGGGAGCACGCUAUAGACACCGUUCCUCAUGCUGCCGGCUGGGUUUUGCAGAGGUUCCCUUAGUGAUUUCACAUUUCACAGGCAGCAUCCAUUUUCAGAAUGUUGUGGCAUUGAUUUAUAUUUUGAAGCAUACAGGAAACUUCUCAUUUCCUCGUUCAGCCCCACCCAGGUCAGGUGAAAGGGCAGCUUUAAUGGUGAUUUUUAUGGACCGUAUUAUCAGAGAUCACUGUGCAAGCCGAAUGGUUUAAUAAUGAAUGGUUGAAUGAGAAAUCUGGGUGUAAAGAGUAAAUAUGCCCUGGCUCUUUCUACCAAUGUUUGCUCCUGGUUGGAAGGAAACCAAAGAUUUAAGACGGGCUACUCUUCCAGACUGGCUGUGCCUGCCUGUGCCCAGCAGCCUGUGCCGCCGGCAGUGUGCCUGGUGUCACGCCAGGAGGCUGUGGCUGCUGUGGGCCCUCUGGAAUUAUGCUCCUCACAAAGUUUCCCCAAAAGGUUCUUCUGAGCCUUUACUGUCCCUGGUAAAUGUUUCCUGGCCGGGCACGGUGGCUCACACCUGUAAUCCCAGCACUUUGGGAGGCCGAGGCAGGUGGAUCACCUAAAGUCAGGAGUUCGAGACCAGCCUGGCCAACAUGGUGACACCCCGUCUCUACUAAAAAUACAAAACUUAGCAGGAUAUGUUGGCGCAUGCCUGUAAUCCCGGCUACUAGGGACACUGAGGCAGGAGAAUCGCUUGAACCCAGGAGGUGGAGGUUGCAGUGAGCCAAGAUUAAGCCACUGCACUCCAGCCUGGGCAACGGAGUGAGACUCCAUCCCAAAAAAAAAAAGUUUCCCAUACACUGGCCUGCCCUAAAACCCACUAACAAUUUUAGCAAAACAGUCCAGGCCAAAGAGGAAGCGUUUUAUGUUUGAUAAGAAACCCAGCCAUUCCGUAUGGCCGGUUCCUGAGUGGCUUUGGUGAUAUUCGCCAGCCACCUGCUGACAUUCAGAAUCUCAGACCUCGGGACUGCUGUUGCGGUACCGUGUGUCUGACACCCGCCAAGAGCCCUUUGCUGUCUGCGCACAGGAUAGGGUGACUGCCCAGACAUUCCCGCUUGAUAGGCUCUGAUUUCUGGGGAGCCUUUCAGAUGCAGCAGACAUACAACACCUGUACUUUGGAGUUUUAAGGAAAAAAAAAAUCAGAAGUGCUGGUUAGAUAGUGAAAACUUAGGAUAACUUAGGAAGGUUAGUUUUAGCUUCCUUUGUGGCUCCCUGGUGCAAAACAAUUAGCAGUUACGCAAUGGACCUGAUUCUAGUUUAUUCUAAUUAAGAAGUGAGGCCGGGCCAAGCCUGCCGCCGAGGGCAGGGCUUGACUUUGUUCCUGAAUAUACAAUCCUGAGUAAGUGCGAAAGUCUGAGUGAAAUGAUGGCCUCAUUCUCUUUCCAAUCUUGCUGGUUUCAAGAUUAGAAAAUGGCAUUAUUUGAUCUGAACUGUUUGAGAAGACACAAAUAAAGUUCCUUGUGCAGA